CCAAUUGGAGGCGGGCGCCGAGCGGAAGUGUCCGAAAAGAAACGACUGUUGACGAAGCGCGGGCGGAGAUCGACGAGCGCGCGCGAAAGGGGCGGCGGGGGCCACGCCGGAGGGCCGAAGCCGCCUCCGGAAGCUCCCGAACACCUCCGAAGCUCUGGGGAGGGCAGGCAGCGGCGCCACACAAGAUGGCGGACGGGGAGGAGGUUACUCUGGACGGGAGACCGCUCCAGGCGCUGAGGGUCGCCGACCUGAAGGCGGCUUUGGAGCAGCGCGGCCUGGCUAAGAGCGGACAGAAGAGCGCGCUGAUCAAGCGCCUUCGCGGGGCCCUGAUGCUUGAAAAACUCCAGAAGCACUCGACACCCCACACCACCUUCCAACCCAACUCCCAGAUUGGCGAGGAGAUGAGCCAAAACAGCUUCAUCAAACAGUACUUGGAAAAACAGCAAGAGCUGCUCCGGCAGCGCCUGGAACGGGAGGCCCGGGAAGCUGCAGAUUCAGAGGGCAAGGGAUGCGUCGUGUCCCGGGAGAGGGGAGAGUCUGACGAAGAAGGAGCCCGAAGACCAGAGCAGCAUCCUUCCCGGGUUAGACAGGCCAGAGCCGUUAAAGCCCCCGGAGGUACCCACAACCUGGGCAGCGAAGAGCGGGAAACAUCUCUUAGGAGUCGGAGGGCUGUCCAGCGGGUGCCCGUGAAAGACGAAGAAGAGGACGAGGAGGAAGAGGAGGAGGAAGAGGAGGACGAUGAGGAGGAGGAAGAGGAAGAAGAGGACUCCGCGCCUCUGCUGAAGGGGCAGGCCGAGCCGGAAAGGGCGGCUCUCCCAGAGCGGAGCCUGGGCCAGGCUUCCACACCCGUCGCUCCAGAGGCCCCGCUGAAAGAGCCUCAGACCCUAGAGGCCCAGGGCUGUGAAGCAGCCGUGCCACUCCCCUCCCUCUCCAAGAGUCCGGUGGAGAAGCAGGUCGGGCCCGCGGCGCCGGAAUGCAGGGAAGAGGAGCAGGUCACUCUCCUCCCAGAACCCCAGGAGGGCAAGGAGGGCCCUGGGCCGCCAGAGGAAAAGGAACCUGUUGAAGCCAUAGAAUCGGAAGCUGCAGCCGAGCCACCAGAAGUCCACGAGGAGAGACCGGCAGAAGCAGCCAAAAAAAAAGAGGGGCAAGGGGUGGCCGAGAUCCGUGGGACACCCGAGGAGGUGGCAGAGGCAAGUCGGGGGGAGGAGAGUGCUGGUCCUCUGCAGCCCCACCCAGAGGUGGAGGAGCCCCUAAGGCCGGAAGACCAGGAGGAAGCCGCAGAGGCCCUGAGGACGCUGGAGGAGGCGGCGGCCGCGGCAGCCGCAAUAGUCCAGGUGUCCCCGUCACCUCCCCAGCUGAUGGAAGCGCAGCACCCCCAGCAAGACCACGCCGCAGACGAGCCCCCUCCUCCCAUCUUGACCAUGGAAGCCCCGCCGGGAUCCAGCCCCGCCGAAGACGAGGCCCCCCCUCAGCUCUCUCGGCCGUCUCCCCCCUCUCAGGAACUCCCAGCCCCAGCCAGCCCCAGCAUCCCGGGGGACCAGGCCGGCCGCUCGCCCUCCCCCUUGCCGCUCCCGCAGCACCACCACCGCCAGAGGCCAGGGGGCGACAGCUCCUCCCGCUCCUCCUCCUCCUCGGCAUCCAGCUCCUCCCGGUCCCGCUCUCACUCCCGGGGCAGUUCGCAGCCACGGUCCCGCACCAGAAGACCCCGCUCGGGCUCCUCCGAGUCGCCUCCAAGGAAACGGCGGGCCUCGAGAUCCCGCUCCGGCUCUGAGUGCCACACGAGUUCCUGCUCCAAGUCUCGCUCUAGAUCCCGUUCUAGGUCCCGCUCCAGCAGCGAGAGCAGCAGGAAGUCCCGGAGCCCCGAAGCUUCGAGGGACAGCGCCAGCUACCCUCCCACCAAAGAGCCCUCCCCGCCAGGGGAGAGCCCCCCGGCCCACCAGGACGCGUCGUCAAGUCCCAGGGAAGAGGGAAGGAGAACCCCUUCCCCACCUCUGGACCCUCAGAGACACCCCAGCCAUACCCAGGAGCACGAAGCGGAGUUGGAGAGCACAGUGCCGGAACGAGACCACUCAGAGUCCUCCUUUUCCACGGAGGCUCCGGGCCUAGACAGCAGGGCUCCUGUCUCAGAGCCACAGGAUCCACCGGAGGGGCAGCACAGCAAAAACGAGGAGAAGCAAGAGGUGCCCAUGGAGCAGUCUGAGCCCCGUCCCGAGAGCGAGGCCCCCGAGCCCGGCUCCGACGACCACCCUUCUGCCGAGCCCAGCGGCCCCGACGUGGUCCCUGAAGAUGAGGAGAAGAAAGAGGGUUCAUCCCAGCCUAAGGCCUUCAAGAGAAAGAUCUCUGUUGUCUCGUCGGCAGUGGCCAAGGGGACGCCAGCGACCAACAGCGACGUGGAAGGAAGCCAGCCAGGAGGCCGGAAACGGCGCUGGGGGGCCAGCACAGCCACCACGCAGAAGAAACCUUCCAUCAGCAUCACCACAGAGUCCCUCAAGAGCCUGAUCCCUGAGAUCAAGCCACCGCCGGGGGGCCAAGAAGUGGUGGUGGACCUUCACGCCGACGACUCGCACAUCUCGGAAGACGAGGCCGAGCGGCACGCAGAGGAGCCGGCCCACGAGAAAGCCCUCAAGAUCUGCCGCACCGUGACGCAGGUGGUGCCGGCGGAGGGCCAAGAGAAUGGCCAAGGAGAGGAGGAGGAAGAGGAGGAGAAGGCCCGCGAGGAGGAGCCGCCAGAGGCCCCUCCCGUUGUUGCCGUGGAGGCGACGGUGGUGCUGCCACCACCUGUAGAACAUGAAGUCAAAAAAGUCACACUGAGCGAUACGCUGACAAGGCGGUCGAUCAGCCAGCAGCGCUCGGGCGUCUCUAUCACCAUCGACGACCCUGUCCGCACGGCCCAGGUCCCCUCUCCCCCACGCGGUAAGGUCAGCAGCAUCGUCCACAUCUGCAACUUGGUGAGACCCUUCACUCUGGGGCAGCUGAAGGAACUGCUGGGCCGGACGGGCACCUUGGUAGAGGAUGCCUUCUGGAUCGACAAGAUCAAAUCCCACUGCUAUGUCACGUAUUCGACGGUGGAGGAAGCCGUCACAACGCGCAACGCCCUCCACGGGGUCAAGUGGCCACAGUCGAACCCCAAGUUCUUGUCGGCUGACUUCGCUGAACAAGAUGAGCUGGAUUUCCACCGGGGUCUGCUGGCCGAGCGCCCCGCAGAAGCCAAGGCGGACGAACCCUUACCGCUCCCAGGACUCGGCCCGGCAGCCCGAGGGGAGCGGGAGAUGUCCCGGCGCACUGAAGCAAGGGAGCGGGAGGCGGCCGUGCGGGAGCAGUGGGCUGAACGGGAGCGGGAGAUGGAGCGCCGGGAACGGACGCGGGCCGAGAGGGAGUGGGACCGCGACAAGGUGCGGGAGGGGCCGCGCUCUCGCUCCCGUUCCCGGGAGAGACGCCGCAAGGAGCGGCCCAAGUCCAAGGAGAAGAAAGCCGAGAAGAAGGAAAAGGCCCAGGAGGAGCCACCGGCCAAGCUGCUCGAUGACCUUUUCCGCAAAACCAAGGCCGCUCCGUGCAUCUACUGGCUUCCCCUCACAGACACCCAGUACGUUCAGAAGCAGGCAGAGCGAGCGGCCCGAGCCCGGGAACGGGAGCGCCGGCGCAAAGAGCUGGAAGAGGAGGAAGCCCGCCAGCAAGAGCGCAGCCGCCAAGCGGAGCGAGAGAAGCGGCGGGAGCACAGCCGGGAACGGGAGCGCGAGCGGCCCAACGCCUCAGGAGGAGGCGGGGCCAGCCGGGGAGGCGAGCGCAGCAGCGGCCGGGAUCGCGAGCGGCGCGAGGCCAAGACCCGCCGGAGCCGGAGUCGCAGUACACCUGUACAGGACAGGGGGGGGCGCCGCUGAGCUAUUCCAGCAUCUUUACGUUGACCUUCCGAGGGGGAGGGGAGGUGGC